UCUUUUUGCUUGUUACAGAGAGAGUGUGACGGAGCCAGAGCCUGCGUGGAGCUCUCUACGUGACACAUGGAGAAAAACAUACAGGAAGAAGUAGAAGGCAUGGGGGGGGAUUCCAUUUCUUGUGAUAUAUUGAGAAACUGAGUCCAGUCUACUGCACACAAUGCAGAAAAGAGACUUGGAUUCAAGGUUUGUCCUUCGCUGUAGAGCAUCCCACUGAAUGUUCCAGCAUGGGCAGCUUUAUUAGCAGGAUACAAGGAUUCUGUGGGAGAAAGUACCCCAUGAAAGCUCGAAUUGGGAUGGUGGGUCUGGACGGAGCCGGGAAGACGACAAUACUCUAUAGAUUAAAGCUCAACGAGACCGUCUCCACCAUUCCAACUAUAGGGUUCAAUGUGGAGACGCUGGACUUGAUAACAGACGUGUCCUUUACUGUAUGGGAUAUUAGCUUUGGACCCAUGGGACGUCCUCUGUUAAAACACUACCUUAUUAACAAUCAGGGCAUAGUGUUUGUAGUGGACAGUGCAUGCCCAGAGAUGUUUGAUGAUGCGAAAGAUAUUUUGGUCAUGCUGCUGGAGGAUUAUGAUUUGGCAGACAUUCCAGUCAUCGUACUCGCCAACAAACAGGAUGUGGAAGGAGCACGAAGCCCAUCUGACAUCGCUCGCCUUCUUGAGCUUGAGAAAGUAAAGGAUAGAAAGUGGGCAGUCAGUGGAUGCUGUGCCAAAACUGGGGAAGGUCUUCUGGAGGCCCUUGAGAUACUUUCUACAAUGGUCAAGGAACAAAGAAUACAAUAAAUGGACUCAUUGAUGAUGUUGUAUGGUGACAUCUUACAUAUAUGAUAAUUCUGCGUUUUUUAAAAAAUAAAAUUUUUUUAAAAUGGCCACUAUUGUUUGAAAAUUAAUACAAUUCUGUUUUAAAUUUUAUAACUUUCUCAAAUACAUUUAUAUAUUUGUACAAAUUGAAAUAAAUUAU